UCUUAUAAACACAAUCAUCAUGAUCUCGUCUUACUCUUCCUUUGCUUUGAAACAGAUGGACCCGUAUCUUACCGGAUCUGUUUUGUCUGAAGUUAGAGAGGAGGUUGACGAAUCUGUGGGACUUGCUUCUAUAUCAAAAUCUCAAUCUCACACUGAGAAGAUUGAUUACAAAGAAGCUGAGCGUACACCUGUGACAGUUGCAUCUAGAUCAUCUGUGCCACCUGCAUCUCAGACUCUGCUGUCUCAGCUUUCAGAAGCUGAGGAUGUACUUUUUGCAGCUGCUUCGGGACCACCUGAAGUUCCGUCUAAUGUUUCAGAAGCUGAGCCUGCACCUGUGACAGCUGCUUCUGGAUCAUCUCAGGGGUCUGAAGUUGGAGCAUCUGAUAAGCAAAUAAUCCGUAAUGCUUUGACUGAGUACAAUGACGUGCUAGAUAAGUAUCAAAAGUUAAGCCAAAUAGCCAUCGACAAUGAGACUGAUAAUGAGGAAAGGAAAAGAAGGGUGGAUGCUGUGAAGGACGCAGUAAACGAAUGUUCUAAAGUUGUCAACCUCGUUUUGAAGAAGGGGCAUCCUGUGGAAGAGAUGAAGAAUUGCCAGAAGAUCUUGGAGGGAGAAGUGUCUAUAUUGAAGCGACAAAAUAAACGUUUUGAGAAGAAUAAGAAACGCAAUUCAAGGAACAAGAAAUGAGAGAGAGCAUCCUAUUCAACUUUCCCAGGCUCCCAGCGUUGCAAACAAGAGUUGAUAAGGAACAUUUUUCAAGCAGAUUUCAGUUUUCGGAUGAUGUCUCUGGAUCGAGGGGGACUUUUUUUUCUUUUUUUCUUUUUUGGUUGAUUGCCGACUGUUUCUUAAGUCUUUGUGUUUUUUUGUCAUGAGACGAAAAUUUGACAUUUUCACUCAGUCACCCUUCAGAUUUUCCUAUUAUAGACAACUUCUGCUUACUGUUGACAACAGCUUGCCUGUUACUCUUAAUUUUUUUGUGUU